AUGAAAGUAAGAGACUCGGUGAUAUUAGAUUCAAGAGACGAAUUCAAUAACAACAUAGACUUGACAGAUAAGGAUGAAGUCUUCAAGAAAGCAAUGAGCUUAACGAUGAAAGGAGACGGUUUUGGCGCAUCGAAAUAUUUGAAAGUCUACGAAUCAUUAAGUCGUUUAGGAUCCAAUCAGCGACCCUCAAACAAGAGAGCUACAUCAGCCAACCCAGUUUUAGAAGAGAAUCGUACUGGGAACGAAAGAUCAGAUGGUGGUGUUUUCGAGAAUGGAAUGUGGUUCUUUCCAGGGAAAACAUCAAAUUAUCAAAAUCGAAGUUAUACGCCAUACUUCGACAAGAAUAUCAAAGAGUUACGCUACCCAAUUCCAUUAACAAUCUUCGAUAAAGAUUGGCAAAACAAAGCCAUGGGUUAUCAUGUAAGGAAGAAAACUAAGUCAGUAGAAGGAGAGUUGAAGAGCGAUUCUUAUACUGGUCUUCCAUACAGAGACGAAUGGUUAUUGGACUACGGAGAGUGGAGUAUCCAUUAUAAUGGAUAUAUAACUGCUUUGAGAAAUGCUAAGUUUGUUAAAUUUGUGGAGUGGUCUUUAGCUCAUAAAGCGAACGUCGAGAAAGUAUUGUCAUUGAUGGGCUGGAUGACAGCUUUGAAGUAUGACAUCAGAGUACGAGAAGAAGCUUUAAUAAAUAGAGUAGAGGUCGAUGGAUUGGUGGCACCACCAGAUAUAUCAGAAUAUAAUCAAGUCUUAGCAGAAGAAUGUUUCGGAGAAACUAGAUUAAGAGAUGAAUCUUUGUUUAAGAAGGAUCCGUAUGUAGAAGGCGGAGAGAGGUACGGUUGGGACCCAGCAACCGGUAAACCUCCAAAGAAAUUGGAUCAAUUCAAACAGAACAAACCUUAUCAAAAAUGGAACAACGAACCACAAGCGAGUGGCAGCAACUAUAACGACCAAACUACAGUGGGAAAGAAACCAUUCGAAAAGAAGAAGUUCGUUAGAGGUUAUCAAGGAAAUAAUUUCGAUGAAAAUUAUAAAGAUAAGAGAGCCGCGUUGAUGGCUAAUAAGAACAGUAACUCACAUCAAACUCCUAAUAAGUAG